AUGGUCGCACAGGGUGUCAUCGUACCGGUAGAUGAGCCUACGGAAUGGUGCUGCGGCAUGGUAAUUGUAAAAAAGCCAAAUGGAACUUACCGAAUUUGUGUUGACUACACCCCGUUGAACAAAUUCGUAGAAAGGGAACUUCAUCCUAUGCCAGUCACAGACCAUGUCAUCGCUCAGAUAGGCGUCUCCAAGUACUUCUCAAAGUUGGAUGCGAAUUCUGGCUACUGGCAGUUUCAGCUUACCGAAGAGUCACAAUUACUUACGACCUUCAUUACUCCCUUUGAUCGCUUCAAGUUCACAAGGUUACCGUUUGGGAUAUCAUCAGCACCCGAGUUUUUUCAGAAGAAGAUGGCUCAUAUCGUCUCGGGCUUAGAUGGGGUCGUCUGCAACAUGGAUGACAUCCUUGUCCACGCGAAGACAAGAGAAGAGCACGAUGACAGAGUACGCAAGGUUCUCGCUCGAUUGCAAGACUAUGGGGUGACCUUGAACAAAGACAAGUGCGUCUUCGGUGUUCAACGAGUAAAAUUCUUGGGUCAUAUCAUCGACCAAGAAGGAAUCCAUCCAGAUGACACAAAAGUGAAGGCCAUUCAAGACAUGAAGCCUCCUACGUCUCUUGCGGAACUAAAAAGUUUUCUUGGAAUGGUGAACUACCUCGGAAAGUUUAUUCCACAUCUGGCUGAUGUUUUGCAACCUGAUGGGACGUAUCGACCUGUCGCAUAUGCUUCACGAAGUCUCACGGACACGGAGAAGAAGUAUGCUCAGAUAGAAAAGGAGGGACUCGCCAUUGUGUGGGCAUGCGAUAAGUUUCGGGACUACAUCACGGGGAUGCACAUCACUAUCGAGACCGAUCACAAGCCCUUAAUUCCAAUCUUCAUGAACAAACCUUUGGACGACAUAACCCCUCGUCUACAAAGGAUGAAGCUGAAGCUGAUGCGGCACUCUUGUGAUUUGGUUCAUGUCCCAGGAAAAUAUCUAGUAGCGGCCGACGUUCUCUCGCGAAGCCCGCUGCCGGACAUUGAAGACAAUGGGCUGGAGGAUGAGCUGGCGGCUUACGUCAGGGGAAUUGUCACCUACUUUCCUGCGACAGAUCAGAGAUGGUCCCAAAUCAAGAAGGGGCAAUACGAAGGCACUUCGUGUCAGAUGCUGUCGAAUUACCUUCAACAAGGCUGGCCAGACAAAGCACUUGUUGACUCGAGCUGUAAGAACUACUGGCAAGAGAGGUUUAAUCUUUCUCUCGACGACGGACUUCUCAUGAAAGAGUCCCGAAUUCUUAUCCCCGUCGCCAUGAGAAGAGAGAUUCUCGAUAAGAUCCAUGAAGGGCAUGCCGGGAUCACAAAGUGCAUGGAAAGAGCCAGGCAGACGGUUUGGUGGCCUGGAAUUUCUAAGGACAUCGAGGAUGAUGUUCGAAGAUGUCCGCGCUGUGUCCAGGAGUCCACCAAUAGAUAUCCGGAACUGGCUCCUUUGACCAACUUAACAAGUUCAGCGGUCAUCGAUCACCUGAAAUCCAUAUUUGCCAGGCACGGAACGCCAGAAGUACUAAUCAGCGACAAUGAACCACAAUUUCGGAGACUUGUGGGCAGUGACUUUGCUACAUUCGCGAAAGAGUGGUCAUUUGAACACAGGACUUCUAGUCCACGUUUUCCACAAAGCAACGGCUUCGUCGAAGCCGCUGUCCGUGUCAUCAAGCUCAGUCUCAAAAAGUCGGACGAUGCGUAUAAAGCUCUUCAGAGCUACCGCGCUACGCCAUUAGGAAAUGGUUUCAGUCCGGCUGAGCUACUUAUGGGUCGCCGUCUUCGCACGUCGCUUCCUACCGCCGCGUCGCUGUUAAGUCCCAAGACACCAGAUCGGAAUCAGUUGCGUCAAUGGGAAGAGCGUCGCAUUGAAAUGCAAAAAAGAAACUAUGACCAGCGACAUGGUGUGCGAACCUUAACACCCCUACGGCAAGGCGAGAGGGUAUGGAUAACGGACACCCGAUCAAGUGGCGUGGUUCAGGCAGCAGCGCCUCGGUCCUACAACAUUCAGAUGGACGAUGGUGUACUCCGUAGGAACAGAUUUCACUUGAUACCUGUACUGUCACCGUCCUCUGAUUGCCCCCAAAGAGGUCCUUCUGCAGGCACGUUGGCAGCUCCCACGUCCGACUCUCGUCCCCAGGAGCUCGGAGGAGGAACAGGCCCUGGGCCUGAGCGUGUUGUCUCCGCUAGGUCGUCGUCUGUUGAAGUCUCACAAGCUGGUUCGUCUGACAGUUCCGGCCACCAACCGGGAGACCACCCCCCACAUAACCCAACAGGAAUGACUACUCGCAGCGGCAGAGUGGUGGAGCCAGUGAAAAGACUUCAAGUUGGAUUUGAAUGA